CGGCCAGAGAGCCCGAAAAGGUAACAUCGUGGGAGCGCCGUCGUUGGCGGGCGGGGAUGUGUAUCACAUGGCGAGGCGACGCUGACAACACUCGCUCGCUCACUUCCCUCGGGGAAGCCCAGCGCGGUCUUGCUCUCAACCGUUAUCUCAACCCCUCCCCCGCGCCCAAGGUUUUUGCUGUUUCACCAGAUCGGACGUAAGUCCACGAAACAUACGUGCUUAAGACCUACAGUGAAGAAGUGACCAUGAAACUGUGGGAGGACUUGUUGCUGUGACUGACUUGGCUGGCGAGAGUCACCCCGCCGCGACAGGUGGCCGGCCGGUGCCAGGUGAGCCACAGCCACCAUGAGCACCAAGGACUCCCACGUGAAGCGGCCCAUGAACGCCUUCAUGGUGUGGUCCCGCGGCCAGCGACGGAAGAUGGCUCAGGACAACCCCAAGAUGCACAACUCUGAGAUCUCCAAGAGAUUAGGUGCGGAGUGGAAGCUGCUGACUGACGUGGAGAAGAGACCGUUCAUUGAUGAGGCCAAGAGGCUGAGGGCCCUGCACAUGAAGGAACACCCGGACUACAAGUACCGGCCGCGGCGCAAGGCCAAGAGCAUGGCCAAGAAGGACAACAGAUAUCCCUUCCAGCUGCCAAUGUUCCAGCCAAUGAUUGAAGGCCUCCGUCCCUUCUACCCGCCGCCGCACCUUCUGGGAGCUCCGGGGAUCCCCGGCGGCCUGGAAAAGCCGCCCGGUGAACUACCUCGAACACUACUGCCUCCGCCCCCACUCUUCCCUCCGCACAUCUCAGGCCUCCCUUACCCCCAUGUGGACCCGGCGCUCCUCUCGAGGCUGCACUCCGACUCCCUGGCACUGUCAAAGCUGUCAACCACCGAGUCUCUUGCGUUCUCAAAAAUGUCCUCCGUCGAGUCGUCCUUUCUGGCUAGACUUGCUCCGCAUGAAGUCUUUUCCCUGCCAAGAUUUCCUUCGCCGCCCUUACAGUCCCCCCUCCCGCCCCUGUCCUCGCCACACCUCCCCUCGUCGUCCAGUCUGCCCACCAGCAGCGUGGCAUCCAGCUCAUCCGUCUUGUCCUCCCAGUUGCACCACCCCGCCUCGCCCAGCCUGUCAGCCUACAGCCUGCCCUCCCCCAUCCCCAAGUAUCCGCCGGAGGUCACCGCCAGCAGUGUUUUGUCAAGAUUUCCUCUCGACAGCCCUUACUUCAGCCUCCCUCGCGACGUGGAGCACCUUCGUCUUCAACAGCUCCAGAUCGAGAGAGAAAGAAGGAUCAGGGAGGAGUUUGCAGCGUCCCCGCCGCCCUCGAGGAGCAGAUCGUCCUCGCCGUCCAGCCCAAAGAUAGACGUUGGCAACCGCUCCAGAGAGUCUAGUCCCCCACGGAGCCCGGCCGGCACCGACCCGCCGCACGAGGAUGGGGCGCUGCGGAGAUUUUCUGACGAGAGCAGAGAAGACGCGGAAGUGUCCAACAGCGACGACUCGAGAGCCUUUGUGAGGUACGGAGAACGCAAAGGCUCGCCCGAACCCAAGAGUCCGGCGCCGUCCCCCUCCGAGCCGCUGCGCUUCCCUCACCCUUUCUCACCCUCUGCCCUGGCCACCAGCUUUUACUCCGCUGCCCCCCACCACUCCGUCCUCUCCACCUCCUCCCCCUCCAUGUCCGCUGCAGAGGUUGCCAGAAAUUACUUCAGCAGCUGCGUGUACCCGCCGGGGGGAGGCGUCGCGGGAGGUCCCCCAGACCCUCGCACGGCUCUCUCCUACUUCCUCGUGCGUCCUGAGGCUAAGUACCCGCCCACGCCCGCCCUCCUGCCCCUGGCGCCGGCCAUCACCUCGUCCUCGCCACCCUCGGUCGUCCAGUGAGGAGGAGGGGAAGGGAGCGAAGAGGCCGGAGCUGUGGCUGAGUCAUGUACCGCUACCGAAGUCGAGGAGGAG